GCGUCUGUCCCGCUGUCUCCUCUUGAUGACGUCAUCAACGUGGGCUCCGUUCUUUCAUUUUGUCGUGUUUUCCGUGAGGUAUUAAUCUGUGAGAAGCUUUGGUUCUGCCUGCAGCGUGCUGGUAACUCGCUGGUUGUGCUUUCUGAGGUCACACCGGGAAGUGUUAGCUGAACCUGGGCAUGGAGGCCGGGGAGGAGAAGACGGGCUCCAUGUCUGCGGCUCAGCUCCGGGCGGAGAAACGGAGAAGGAAACUGCUGCUCAACUCGGAGGACAGAAUGAACAGAAUCGUCGGAUUCGCUCAAACCGAGCCGGAUCACAGCGCAGCCGCUCUGCGUUCCGCUGAACCGCACUUCCACCUGGACCUGGACAGGUCAGAGCCGUGGUCCUCGCCUUCGCCCAGGCCGUCUCCCUUCCUGUCGGAGGCGCCGGGCGCCCGCUCCCACACCGCCACGCCGGAGAGGCGGGGCUCCCCGCUGCCGGACUUCGGCCAGCCUCGCAGGGCGUCUCUGGAGGGCGACGUCGGAGGACUCCGUCACAGAGCGAAGGCGGAGCGGCAGUCAGACGAGGCCGGCGGCUCGCCGCGCAGAGGCCUCCAUCAGUACUUAUCUCGCUUUGAUGACGCCAUGAAGCUUCGGAGCCAGCUGGCCAAUGAGAAGCCGGCGCAGGAUGGCGGUUCUGACGUAGAGGAGUUUGAUCCGUUUCGGGUCUUCCGGCUCGUGGGCAGCGUCCUCCUCGCUGUUUUCGUCAGAGUUUUUGUCUGCAAGUACCUGUCAAUAUUUGCUCCAUUUCUGACCCUUGAACUCGCCUACAUGGGAUUGUCAAAAUACUUUCCAAAGGUGGAGAAGAAAAGCAAAACCACGGUUCUGACGGCCGCCCUGCUGCUGUCCGGCAUCCCGGCCGAAGUCAUCAGCCGCUCCAUGGACACCUACCGCCGGAUGGGCGACGUCUUCUCCGACCUCUGCGUCUACUUCUUCACCUUCAUCAUCUCCCACGAGAUCCUGACGCUGUUCGGCUCAGAGACGCCCUGACAGAACAAGACCACACCUUCUUCUUCUUCCCCUCCUCAUAAUGACGAGGUUUACUCGUUUGCGCCCCCUGGUGUUUACAUUCUGCUGCCUUAUGUUGAGGGCUGCACCCCCUGGAUGAUCAGCUCUAAUCAGAGUCCAGUGCUUAAACUUGCAUGUUGAUUUUACCUCUUCCAGAAACUCUGGAAGAGGUUUCAUGUUUUCAUUUUGUUUGCAUACCAGGUCCAUGUUUAUUAAAACCAAUCGUUCAGGUACAGAACACGGUAAAAAACAGAAUCUUACCAAGUAUUUUUCAUUUAGUUUCUAGUACAAAUAUUUUAAUAAACUUGAAUUUAUACAAAACUAACUUCCAAGUAAGUUUUCAGUAGCUUGUUUUGAGUAAAUAAUUCCCAAAUUUCAAUGAAAACUUUCCAGCUCCACUGGCAGAUCAUUUAACUUCAAACAAAAUCUUUCCGUUUAGAGCAAUUACUGCAUUAUAUAUAUUAUGGAACUCUAAAUGAUCUGCAUUAUUAUUUAUUAGAAACAAACAGAUGCUGCACUGCAAAACCAAAAUCUUAUCAAGUAGUUUUCUCUAGUUUCUAGAGCAAAUAUCUCGCUAUUCUUGAAAUAACUAGCAAUAAACUGCAGCUUGUUUUACGUUAGUAAUUCCUAAAUAUUGAUUUAAAAAGGUGUUACUUCCACUGGCAGAUUAUUUCUCUUAUAACAUUAAAAUUGUUAUAAGAGAAAUAACAAUGAUAAGAGAAAUAAUCUGCCAGUGGAACUAGAAUUGAGUUGCUAGGUAACGGGCUGGUUGGCCUGCGUUGCUAGGUAACAGGCUGGGGUUGGCCUGGGUUGCUAGGUAACAGUGGAGUUCUGUUUUUCAAACAAUCUGCCAGUGGAACUAGAACUUUUCAUCGAUAUUUAGGAAUUAUUAACUUAAAACAAACUCUUACAUCUGCUGAAAUGUUACUUGUAAGCUAGUUUUGUCUAAUUUAAUAAUCAGAUAUUUGCACCAGAAACUAGAGAAAAAUACUUGGUAAGAUUUUGUGUUUUUGCAGUGACAAUUUAAUCAGAGCUCAUUAAUCCCAUAUAAAGGAUUAAAAUCCUAAAUAACAGAAAUGAUGUGAUGUGGUCUUCAGAGGAUAGUCUACUGUUACCUUAAAGGGGAAAUAUGAUCAUUUUUAUGAUUAAUAAUCUCCAUAAUUUGUUGACACUCAUACAGAAACCAUUUCAUUAGAAAUUGGUGGGGCGGCCAUUUUACUUGGAUCUGAGGAGAAAUGUGUCAUUAAUUUAAUCCAUUGGUCGAGGAAUAAAUGAGCUGAAAUACUUUAAACUGUCUUCAUGUUUAGUGUAACGUUAGUAAAGAAUGUGGAAGAAAUGAAGGAAAUUAGAUCUGAUUGUUUUCUGUUUGGGUCAUUUUCUCUCCAUCCUUCAGUUUAAAGCCAUUUAAAGCAGUCGGCUCGUUGGUGAAUGUAAAAUAAGUGUCAGCAUUAAGAACAAGGUUUUUUGUUUUCCUCUGAAUCUGAUGAAGCAUUUAGCUGUGGAACAUAUGGAAACAUAAAGUGAGUGUUGCAUUGUGUGUUUGUGAGCAUAAAGUUCCAUGUUUGUGUGAACCAGUGGGUUUUGUGAGUUUCCUUCAAGCUUUUCACUAUUUUCUCUGCUGUCUUUACUCCUAUUUAAUCCUAAAUUAAUUUAUUAAUGCUGUUUUGUCAUGUAAAUGAAUUGGUGUGAUUUAUUCUACAUCUUAUGUGCUCUGUUUCAUAUUUUUUUGAUAAAUUUACUUAGACCGUUUUUAAUGGUUGUUUUGCUGAGAUUGUCUAAAAGCGAUGUUUCAAACUGAACAGCUCGUACCAAAUAAACGGCCCCUUGUCUGA